ACUUUUGAGAAAAAACGUAACGUUAUAUACCAUAGAGCAGUACAUGGUUCUAAAACAUCUAAAAGUCUAAAUAUUUCGAAAUGGUCUGUAACGUAUUAAAGGUCGCUUACAAAAUGAUUGAUUUAAAGCAAUGUUUCAUAAAAUGUGUCUUAGUCGCAGGAAUACUAAUGGCUAUUGUGAAAAUUAUCGUCAUUCAAAGUUCAGUUGAGAAACAUCCAAGAUUUAAGCAAAUAAAAAGUAUCAAUUACUCGAGUUACAGAACACAACAAGAGCAGAGAGAUAUCUCAAGACACAAAAUAUGGGAUUCCUUACGAUGCGCAAGUAUUGCCAAAAUGCAAAAGAAGCCUACAUUGAAACCGCGGGAGGCAGACUCGAAUGUUCCACCUGAGCUUUAUCAUUUGAACUGGACUAAUAGUUUUCUUGAUGCUUACAAAGUUGUCAAAUGGCCGAAAUGGGAUAUUUGCAAAGUGCGAGAGGAGGAGAAUCUUCUAUUGCUGUUUGUCAUCAGUCACAAAGCCGCUAAACCUAUGCGAGAUGCAAUUAGGAACACAUUCGGUUCAGUAAAGAAAUUUUCAAGCUGGCAGAUUCGAACCGUAUUUCUAUAUGGCGAUGCAAACAAUUCAGUCCUUCCCAAUGAAAUAGAUGAAGAUCUUCUAAUCGGCAAUGUCCCCGAUGGUUAUCAACAUAUGACAGAAAAGGAUGCAUUUGGUUUUAAAUGGAUUCAACUAUACUGUCCAAGAGCAAAGUAUGUUUUCCGAAUAACACAUGAUGUAUUUGUAAACCUCACUAAAGUGAUAAACUAUCUUAAUGAUAUACUCGAGCAAAACGUCACGAGACUUUAUCAUGGUCAUCCAGUGUAUAACUCCACGAUUCGUCAUGGUGGUAAAUCAAAACUUUUGAGCCCUACACAUAUGCAAUGGAAAAUCAGUUAUCCAACGUACAUCGCAGGCUGUGGCAUACUCUUCAGCCAAUCGGUGAUACGGGAUCUGCAUUUCUUAUUGUGCAAAUUACCGAUAUGUUUCCCCGAUGAUACAUACUUUGGCGCUUUAAUGGAAGUACUCGGAGUGCCAGCUACUGGACAUAAAAAGUAUGUGUUACGGUUCUAUGACAAAGAGGAAGUCCGUUUGGGACAAGAUCCGAAAAAUGUAGCUGUUGUUAUACAUACGAAAACCACACUCGUCCAUUAUUACAAUGUAUCGUAUCCUAUUAAUAUACAAAAACUUUUGUGGGAGGUAUAUUUAGACAAGGAUCCACCAAUUACUCCAAAACGCAAUACUCCAGAACUCAAUUCUCCAAAGCGAUAUACUAGUUCUUCAAAACUCAAUACUCCAAAACGCAAAACGCAAAAUGUUAAACUGAAGAAUACUCCAACAUUCAAUAGUAGUACUGCAAAACUCAAUACUCAAAAACUCAGUCCUCAAAAACCCAAUACUAGUGCUGUUAAACUGAAGAAUACUCCAACACUCAAUAGUAGUACUGCAAAACUCAAUACUCAAAAACUCAAACUCAGUCCGCAAAAAAACCAUACUAGUGCUGCUAAACUGAAUACCCCAAAACUCAAUAGUAGUACUGCAAAACUCAAUACUCAAAAACGCAAUUCUCAAAAACUCAAUCCUCAAAAACCCCAUCCUCGUGCUGCUAAACUGAAUACUCCAAAACUUAAUAUUAGUACUCCAAAACUCAAUAUUUAA